ACCACAAGAGUACAUGCAGACGCUCGCUUAGUGUGUGUCUUUGGUUGUGAGCGAGUCAUUUGCCGUUACUACAGCUCUCUGGUAGCACGUAGCUGGUGUCUAUGAUUAAGGGAGCAGUCAGCAUGGAGGAUACCACAGCCAUAGUCACAGCCACCACAGACCAUUGUGCACCAGUCACCAAAGCAGCAUUGCAGCAGGCCCCAGGUUAUGAGGAGGAAGCCGGGGGCUGGGACAUAGGAACAGGAAGUGCAGGUUGGAACCCACAGAGUGCUGCUGCUGCAAUGGAACUUCCCGUUCUCACGCAGCCUGGCUUGGGGGUAACCAAGACGACAGUGACCACGAUCACUCAGACUGGAGGGGACUGGAACAGCAGCCUGUUCAACGUGUGUGGAGACAAGACUACAUGUCUCUUAGGGGCCUUUGUGCCCUGCUGCCUGGACCUGAGUCUGGCCCACCACUAUGGGGAGUGUCUGUGUUUGCCCCUGCUUCCUGGCUCCACGUUUGCCAUGCGGGUGGGCAUCAGGGAGAGAUACAAGAUACGGGGCAGUGUCUGUGAGGACUGGACCACGGUGUACUGCUGCUACCCCCUGGCCGUCUGUCAGAUGAUCCGAGAGAUGAAGAGGAGGAUGAAGAGCCAGACCUACCAGGUGUCCACUGCACUGGAGUGCUCCUGACAACAUGGCUGUGCACUAGGUUCAUUAAUCCAGGUUAGGACAACAUCGCAUUCAUGUAUGUUAUGGGAUAUUAGAAUAUUCAUGACCUAACCUUGGUAUCUAACAGCCUUGGCUGUGUAUAGAACCUUCAUAGGCUCAUGUCACUUCCUUUGUACAUCACAUGUGUCUGCAUAUUACUAUGUCACAGAUGUUUAUGUUGAUUAUUGCAGGUGUCUGAGGGUCAUCAUACCAUUUGGUUUCUAAUGAGCUCUCAUUAUCCAAGGUUUCUGAAGACUUUCCUGUUAAAGACGAGUCUGUAUAUGUUAAAUGAAUGGUGAGUUGGUUGAGUCAAGAUCCAUUUGGUUAGUGAUACUUUUCUUUAUUUGCGAGUGUGGACUUGCAGUAGGUUUAGUGUUUUAGCCCAUUUAGUAUCUGUAACAUCAGCGCUACUUUACCAGACAAGGGUUAUAGAUGUUUGUAAAUUAAGUUCACAGCCAAGUUUAUGAAACAAUCCAUGUACGCCAUGAAAUAAUAAAAACCUAUUUGCAUAUUU